AUGACGGAAGAGUACCUCCAAACAUUUGCCGCCGGUACAGUCUCUGGUGUAGUUGGAGUACUGCUUGAAUACCCACUUGACACCAUCAAAGUCCGCUUGCAAGCAUACACUUCACGGUAUAAUGGUUACUGGGACUGUGCUGUGAAACUCAUGAGAGAGGAAGGGAUUCGUUCUUUUUACCAUGGAGUCUCCACUCGUUUCGUUGGAUCUGGCUUUGAGCACGCUGUUGUGUUUUCCUUUUAUAAAUGGACGCUUCGACUGGUAGGUGCGGAUGAAUACCAUCCACUAGCGUGGCAGAUUAUCCUUGGUGGUGUAGGCGGUGGUGUGGCCUCCACAACGUUCCUCACACCACUAGAACUUGUCAAGUGUCAUCUGCAGGUUGCGAAUAUGCUUCCCGUGCAGCAGCGGGAGUACAAUGGUGUUAUGGACUGCCUUGUGAAGAUCGCCCGCCGCGAUGGAGUGGCGGGUUUGUAUAAAGGCGGUGUGGCCAUGCUCGCCCGCGAGGUGCCUGGCACUGCCGCCUACUGUGGCACUUACGAUAAGACCAAAGAGUUUCUCACACCGCCGGGCAGUACGACUGCGGAGUUAUCACCAUGGCGUCUGAUGAUUGCUGGUGGCUGCAGCGGUGUGGCCUUUUGGACGGUGUUUUUCCCAGCAGAUGUGGUGAAGACACGCCUGCAGGUGGAUUCAACAUUUACACCGGGGAGUUUCAUGGCGGGACUGCGGUUACUAUACGCAGAAGGUGGUGUGCGGGCACUUUAUUGCGGGUGGGCACUCACCGCCGCCCGUGCCUUUCCAUCAAAUGCGGCGAUAUUUGCUACAUAUGAUCUUUGCAUGCGGUCGAUGCGAAAACAACAACAACAUCAACAAACCCCACCAUUAUCAUCUGCUAGUGGAACUGUUUAA